UAGUUGUCUUCCCAAGAGGCGGAUUUAAAGUCAUUGAAAGAAUGGAAAGAAGGGGUUGGUAAGGGCGUCACUAACAAGCAGAGGUGGUAAAGCAGCAACAUUGUGACUCCUGCCUGUGGUCUCACCUGUUAAUAAGGACUGGACUUUGGCUUAUGAAGUGGCAAUGUUUUAUUGACAAUGCAUGCAUCCUGUCUUCCAACUUUGAAGGAUAUCUCAUGUCGAAGGAAUUGAGUUAAUGAUAUCAUGGAGGAUUCGACUGGCACACCUGGAGGUGCUGUCCGAGGGCGGUGACAUGUCUACUGAGACAUGACGACGUUGGCCACGAGUUUUAUCCUUGGAAGCCUGGUGUUGGCCUUCUGUCCGCCUUUUGUCAUGACUUUGCCUAAAACACUGGCCAUCCCUGAGAAGCUGCAAGAAGCUGUGGGGAAAGUCAUUGUCAACGCCACCACCUGUACGGUCACCUGUGGCCUGGGCUAUAAGGAGGAGACCGUCUGUGAGGUGGGCCCCGAUGGAGUGAGAAGGAAGUGUAAGUCUCAGCGCUUGGAAUGUCUGACCAACUGGGUCUGUGGGAUGCUCCAUUUCACCGUUCUCGCAGGCAAGAAAUUUGAGCUGAGCUGUCUGAGUUCAGACAUCCUGGAGAUCGGGCAGGAAGCGUUCCAGUUCACCUGGAGGCUUGCUCGGGGCAUCAUCUCCACGGAUGAUGAAGUCUUCAAGCCCUUCCGAGCCAGUUCCCACUUCGUGAAGUUUAGAUUUAUUCACGAGGAGGACUCUGGGACCUACCGGUGUGAUGUGCAGCUGUUAAAAAACUUGAGACUUGUCAAGAGGCUCUAUUUUGGGGUGAGGGUCCUUCCUCCGCAGCUGGUGAAGCUGGAUUUUCAGCAGUCCCUCACCGAGGACCAGAAGUUAGUAGAUGAGGGCCUGGAAGUGGAUCUGGGUAACUAUUCCAGGCCUCCCCGUCCACCAUGGAGAAAGAAGGUGGCUAUAGCCUUGGGAAUAGGAAUUGCUAGUGGAGUGAUUGCCAGUGUAUCAUUGGGCAUUGCCUUGUGCAGUGGGCAGAGGGUGGGCCAUAGCAAUGCCAACCAUUAGACCUAAUAGGCCUUGCUCCUGAAGGGCUGGCUGCCCAGGAAGUGGGACUUGACUGCUCAGGAAGCCAAGCUCGAUUUUCAGGGGAGCGUUCUGGCUGCCUGAUUGUGGACCAGCCAGAGGGAGGGCUUCCAGAGCCAAAAGAGCGAGUGGGGAUGUGGAGAAGGGACAGCAUCCUGGUAGCAAUGGUCAGUAUCUCAACUGUGUCCCAGAUGGACCUCUUCUUGAACUUCCCUGCCCACGAGGUACCCAGAUAACCUUACUGCACGCAUCUCCCCUUCUGCUGGGAACAGUUCUGUCUUCCAAACUUGCAUUUAUUUUCUACCCUUCACAUCUUGAAUGCCUCUUCUCCACUUCCUCCCUCUGAGCAGCAUAAUCACAUAGAAGGGUAUAUUAGUAAUAGCUUUUCUAGUGGAAACACUUUUUUCCUCAAUAAAAAUAACGGACAGUAGCUGAAUGGAGAGACAUCUUUCCUAC